CGUACAUGGGUGCUUAUCAGUUACGUACCGAGUUCCAUGGAACAUCAACACCAUGACACCAUCACCAUGAUCCUUCUCUGCUUUGCCCGUGAACCAUUGGCAGCUACGGGGUGAUUCUGUUACACUGUAUCCCCAAAAACCAUCCUUGUACCAAAUUGUCAAUCAUGUCCUCAAGUACUCCUCCAGCAGCGCUCAAAGCAGCCAUCCUUAUCGUCUCAACCACAGCAGCCCAAGACCCCGCAACGGACUCGGCCGACGUCACUCUCCGCCAGGUCUUCGAAGAACAACAAGGUUCGCAAUGGGAGGUCCACGAAUCCAAAAUCGUCCCCGACGAUGUCGUACAAAUCCAAAAGCAAGUCAAACUCUGGACCGAUGGCGACAACAACAUCAACCUCAUCGUGACCACAGGCGGCACCGGCUUCGCCGUGUCCGACCAAACCCCCGAGGCCGUCUCCGCUCUCCUACACAAGGAAGCUCCCGGCCUGGUGCACGGCAUGCUGACGGCUUCGCUGCAAGUCACCCCCUUUGCCAUGAUGUCGCGGCCCGUAGCUGGCGUCAGGAACGGCACCGUUAUCAUUACGCUGCCUGGGUCCCCCAAGGGCGCGAAAGAGAAUCUGCAGGCGGUGAUCAAGAUGCUGCCGCAUGCUUGUUUGCAAGCUGCUGGCGCUAAUUCUAGAGCUUUGCAUAAGGGGGGAGUUAAGAGGUUGGAGAAGGAGGCGGGAGUGGAAGGAGGUGGUGCUCAUGGACUUGGACACGGACAUAAGCAUCACAACCACGGUGGACACAGAGGAGGAGGAGGAGGAGGAGGAGGAGGAGGAGGAGGAGGAGGAGGAGGAGGUUGCGGUGCCCAUGGCCACGGCCAUAACCACAAUCACAACCACAAUCACGGCCACGGCCACGCCGGCCUAGUCCGGCACACCACCCCCUCCGAAAACCCCAAAUCCAACGAUCCCAGCCUCGGCCCCAGCCGCCGCCACCGCGAGUCUCCCUACCCGAUGCUCUCCGUCUCCGAAGCGCUCUCCCAAAUAGCGCAACACACGCCCGCCCCACAAAUCGUCACCUCCAAAGUCAACAGCUCGCUCGUCGGCGCCGUUCUGGCGCAGGACGUUUCAGCGCGCGAAAACGUGCCCGCCUUCCGCGCCAGCAUCGUCGACGGAUACGCGGUCGUCGUGCCCCAAGACGGGAACAUGCGCGGCGUGUAUCCCGUCGUCUCGGUCUCGCACGCCGCUCCUGGAGAUGGAGAAAAAAUGCCGACGCUCAAGGAGGGCGAGAUCGCGCGGAUCACCACGGGCGCGCCCCUGCCUCCUGGUGCGACGUCGGUUAUUAUGGUGGAGGAUACGGUGUUGGUGUCGACGUCCAAGACGGAGGAGGAUGGUGUGGAGGAGGAGAAGGAGGUGGAGAUUCUUGCGGCGGAUAAAGUUCGGGAAGGCGAGAAUGUUAGGGAGGUGGGCAGCGAUAUUAAGCAGGGGCAACUGAUUCUGGGGAAGGGGGAUCAGGUGUCUGCUGUGGGUGGUGAGAUCGGUUUACUGGCUGCUAUGGGCGUUGGUGAGGUGCAGGUGUACCGACGUCCUGUUAUUGGCGUUUUGUCUACGGGUGAUGAGAUUGUGGACCAUGACCGCCCGGGAGACUUGCGGCUGGGCGAGGUGCGCGAUACGAACCGGCCAACGCUUAUCUCGGCGGCGAGAGAUUGGGGGUACGAGGUGAUUGAUCUUGGAGUGGCGCGAGACAAGGCUGGAACCUUGGAGGAGACGCUGCGGCAGGCGAUGAGGCAGGUUGACGUUGUUAUCACGACGGGCGGAGUGUCCAUGGGCGAGCUGGAUCUCCUCAAGCCGACGAUAGAGCGUUCGUUGGGCGGGACGAUUCACUUUGGUCGGGUGGCAAUGAAGCCCGGCAAACCCACCACGUUUGCGACCGUUCCGGUAAAAGAUAACGACGGCGAGAGGGUCUCCAAGGUGAUCUUCUCGCUACCAGGUAAUCCGGCAUCGGCCUUGGUUACGUUUCACUUGUUUGUGCUGCCGUCCCUGCACCAAAUGUCGGGCAUCUCACCACCUGGCUUGCCAAAGGUGCCUGUGACACUGGGCCAUGAUUUCUCGCUCGAUGGAUCUAGACCCGAGUAUCACCGGGCCAUUGUCUCUGUGAACAGGGACGGAGUGCUCACCGCGGUCAGCACAGGAGGACAGAGAAGCUCGAUGGUAGGAAGCAUGAAAGGGGCGAACGCGCUUCUCGCCUUGCCUAGCGGUCCAGAGCCGUUGCGGAAGGGGGCCAAGGUGGAAGCAUUGCUUAUGGGCGGUUUACGAAGUGAUGUGUAAGUGAUGAUAGAACAUGACAUAUAUAACAGACAAGGGUCACAGCCCCAGACAAAUGAACAUGUUAAUGAACUCCAUAACGAUACUGACCUCUUUUUCAUGUUUGUACAAAAACAAUUUGAAAGCUUCUACCCCCGUCUCUGUUCAUGUGCGAUGAUGCCGACCGCGCCCUAAUCGUUUAACCAUCCCAAU